ACACAUUAUGUGAGCUUUUAGGAGAUACAAGCUGUGAACUCUCUAUAAAAGAGUGGUUCAUCAAGAAGGAAAAAAAAAAAAACCAAAAUAACAAACCUUACAAAAAAAAUGGACAACAAAGCAGAGCUUGUGUUCAUGCCAACCCCAGGAAUGGGCCACAUUGUAUCCAUGGUAGAGUUUGCCAAACGCCUACACGAUCAAGACCAACGCUUCUCUAUCACAUUCCUCCUCAUCAACCCAUUCCACCCUCCUUUCUACAAUCUCUACGUUGAAUCACUCGCCGCCUCCGACACCCAAUUCCGCUACGUCCACCUCCCUCCUCCACUACCGCCACCGCCACCGCCUCCUGAACAACUACUCCUCACGUCUCCGGAGAAAAAUUUCUCCGAUUUUUUGGAAAGUUAUAAAUCACACGUGAGAGACGCAAUCAUCAACCAUGUGUUGUCUUUUUCUCAGCUGGCGGGGUUGGUGGUGGACUUCUUCUACACCCCCAUGAUCGACAUCGCCAACGAAUUCGCCGCCCCUACUUACAUCUUCUUCCCUUCCGGAGCCGCCUUUCUCGGCCUCAUGCUCCACCUCCCAAUCCGCCAUUCCCUAAUCGGAACCGAGUUCACUGUCUCCGAUCCAAACUCGGUCACUCACUUCCCGAGUUACGCUAACCCGGUCCCUACCUCGGUCCUACCCGCCUUUCUAUUCAACAAGCACGGCGGCUACACCUGCUUUCUCAACCACGCUAGGAGGUUCAUAGAAACCAAGGGCAUAAUCGUAAAUACAUUCGAAGAGCUCGAAUCCUGUGCGGUGAAGUCUCUGUUAGACUCGCCGGAAUCACCGCCAGUUUACGCCGUCGGACCGUUGCUAGACUUCGCCGGCGAGGCCCAAUCGGGGAGCAAUCGGGACAUGAUCGUGAAAUGGCUAGAUGAACAGCCUCCGUCGUCGGUGGUUUUCCUCUGCUUCGGGAGCCUAUGGUACAUCUGUCCCCCUCAGCUGGCGGAGAUCGCCACGGCACUAGAGAAGAGCGGCCACCGGUUUUUGUGGUCCAUACGACGGCCGCCACCACAAGGCGAGUUCGAGAUACCGACAGAUUGCGGCGGCGAUUACGAGGGCUUGUUGCCGGAAGGGUUUCUGAAACGGACGGAAAAUAGGGGAAUGGUGUGCGGGUGGGCGCCGCAAACGACGGUGCUGAGGCACCCGGCGGUGGGAGGGUUUGUGUCGCACUGCGGGUGGAACUCGAUCUUGGAGAGCUUGUGGGUUGGUGUUCCGAUCGUGACAUGGCCAAUGUAUGCAGAGCAACAGUUGAAUGCGUUUGAGAUGGUGGUGGAUUUGGAUCUGGCGGUGGAGCUGAGAUUGGACUACAGGAAUGAACUUGGUGGGAGCGGCGGCAGAGUUGAAUUGGUGGCGGCAGAGGAGAUAGAGAGAGCAGUGAGGUGUGUGAUGGAUGGUGACAUUUUGGUGAGGAAGAGAGUGAGAGAGAUGAGAGAAAAGAGUAGAGAGGCUGUUGUGGAAGGUGGGUCUUCGUUUGGGUCGUUAAAGCGGUUGGUUGAUGAUAUGUUGGGACGCCCUCUUAUUCGAGAAAAGACUUCACAAAUUUGACCCAUGGCAAAUAAAUUUAGAAAUUAAGACAAAUAAAUUUAGGGAUUAAAAAGCAUAAAAUUAAUCAGUUGCAUACAGAAUUCAUACAUAUUUUUGGGCAGGAAUUUAUAAAAAUUGUAUCUCUUUGUUGUCAUUGCUUCGUUGUCUAGAGGGUGAAUCAAUCACAAUGCAUAAACUGAAAGCUAGUUGAUUUGUGAGAACUCGUCAAUGCCAAUUUAUGAGUGGGAAGGAAUUGGUUCACAAGCAUGGUUUGGAUUCGAAGGUCAAAGUAUUUUUCAAAGAGCGGAAGAAGUGAUUGAAGAGCUGUUGGUCAUCCAUGAAGUAUCUUCAGCUUUGAUCUCUUUUGGCACGUGAAUCUUUUCAGAAUGGAAAAGACGAAAGAAAGGGUAUGUACGAAAAUGUAAGAGCUUUGGCUUGAAAAGAGUUUUGUCAAACGUAAAAGAGAAGUGUGUUUUGAAAUAUGUGGUAGAAUCAAUUUUUAAAAAUUCCAUCCAAACAGAGACUUCAUGUGAAAGGGUGAAAUUAUGAUUAGAGCGCUAAACCAAACACAGCCUUUAUUUCUUAUCCAAUUUCACCUUAAAUUUGUAAUGAAAUGUAUUAUACCAUGCAACA